AUGAAUAACAACAUAGCUUCUUUUAACAUGGAAGUAUCAUCCGAUCCUCCCUUUGGAGAUUUUGGUAAGAAAAGAUCUUUUGAAGUGUUUGGGUUGGAUUAUGGUGAAUCUUCUGGCGACACUUUUAUUACUCCUCCACAUUCAACUAUAAGGAAGAAUAAAAUGAACAGUAAGAAUAAGUCAAAAGAUUAUAUGAGUAAUAGUCAGCCAUUAUCCCCUACCCGUUCUUCUCCAUUGGCCCCAAUAAGGGCCAAAAAACAAAAAUCCGAAGGGUCUUCCCGUUCAAAUGGUAAUCUAUCAUUAGAUGAAAUAUUAACUUCUUUGGAGAAAAGGAAACUCACCGGAGAGUUGAAUAAGAAACCUCCAUAUUCUUAUGCUAUUUUAAUUUGCUUGGCUAUACUACAAUCCCCGGAAGGUAAAUUGACUUUAUCACAAAUUUACAAUUGGAUAACUACUCAUUUCAGUUUCUACAGACCAAAAGAUUCCAGCUGGCAGAAUUCUAUUAGACAUAACCUAUCGUUAAACGAAGCUUUUAUAAAGACAGAAAAGUCUUCGGAUGGGAAAGGCCAUUUCUGGGAAGUUAAGCCAUUAUCUGCUCCAAAAUUUUUUAAAGGUGAAGCUGGUGGUUACGAGUUAAUACGAGAAAAAUUGAGUAACAUCGAACAGUACUUUGAAUUAAACGAUCAAACCGUUUCUGACGAUGGUGAAGAUAUAGAGGAUCCUAUAGACAAAUCUUCUCCAAUCUUCUCAUCUGAAUUGAAAGAAGAGUCUCAUAUGAUAGUAGCUCUACCGAAAAUAGAAGUAAAUGACUCUAUAACUGGGAACAAUAGAAAUAGCUCUAUUACGCUUAACAAUAUUGAAGAAACUGAUGAAAAUAACAAUGGUAACAAUAAUAAAAAUUUUGAUAAUUUGAAUUUGGAACCUCCCUACUAUAUGAAAAGAAUGAAUACGCUACCAGCGGGGGUGCCUGAUCUGACCAGAGAUUUCUUCGGCAUUCAGGAUGUUAAAUCUUCUCAAAAUUCUAAGAGAUAUACAUGUUCGUUUAAUACGAGUUUCGAAGAAUUAUCUCCCCGUCCUUUCAGAAAUGAGACUGGCUCUCAACUUUCGAAUGUGUCGUUGAAUAUUGAAAACGAUAUUCUAAAGACACCAGAUUUGAAGCAAUCACAAUUCAUGGAAAAAACUCCAUCUAGGCUCACACAAACGCCCAGGGAUACAGAUUUGCAUUUCAGAAAAUGGCAGACACCUUCACACUUAUUCGAGGACAUAUAUUCAUCACCUAUUUUCAAAGCAAUGGGACUAUCUGGUUCAACGACCAGCGGUUCCAAAUAUUUAAAAACUUUGUCUCCAAGAAAUACAAAUGAUUCUGAUUUACUCGCUGGCGGUGUCAAAUCAAAAUUAUCAUGUAGUGGAUUGUUUGGCGUCGACGUUUACUCUGUAUGGAAAAGAGCUACCGAAAAUGUGAAGCCAUCAGAUGAAACCGAGGCGAACUCAAGCCACACUGCGUCAAAGCACUCACAAAGUGAUGAGAAUGCUAAUUAG